AUUGUUGUCCUUUGUCGCCAUCUAGUGGUCAGUCCAGUGUUAACAGUUUAAUCUUUUUAAUCUUCUCAAGUCUUUUCGUCUGAGGGUAAGACUUCACGGGUUUUUCUGAGGACGAUGUGGUCUUGUGUCAUGACACUUUGCAGACUAGUUUGUGUAGCAUUGAGCUCGCCUCUUUAUCUGCUGUGGUUUCUUGGCCUCCGCGGCGUUUACAGACGCCUGUUCCCCUUCCUCGCCUACAACAUAACAUUUUCAUACAACGACAAAAUGCACAAAAUGAAGAGGGAGCUCUUCCGAAACCUCGCCAGGUUCGCCGACACCGACGGCACCCUCCGGUUGCUGGAAAUCGGCUGUGGCAGCGGAGCAAACUUCGAGUUUUACCCCUACGGCUGCACGGUGGUCUGCACUGACCCCAACCGGCACGUGGAGCCGUACCUGCGCGCGAGCAUGGACGCAAACGAGCACCUGACCUACGAGAAGGUUUUAGUGCUGUCCGGAGAGGACAUGACGGAAGUUCAGGACGAAUCGAUGGACGUCGUGGUCUGCACGCUGGUCCUGUGCUCUGUGAACAACGUGGAGAAAGUCCUGCAGGAGGUCAGGCGCAUUCUCAGAAAGGGAGGGGCCUUGUACUUCCUGGAGCACGUCGUCUCCGAUCCCUCCACGUGGACGUACUUCUGCCAGCACGUGUUCGAGCCUCUCUGGUCCCUGCUUGGGGAUGGCUGCAUGGUUACCCGGGCGACGUGGAAAAACCUGGAGGCGGCCGGCUUUGCUGAACUUCACCUACAACACAUAGAGGCUCCGCAGGUUUCUUUAAUGAUCAGGCCACACAUUAUGGGAUAUUCAGUUAAAUGAAAUAUGUAAUCAGGAUUGUUUCUUGUUUUGUUUGUUAAAUUUCGUAAAAUAUGGCUUACUGGUUCAAAGUUUUUCAAGAAAUUAUUUAUAUAAAAUAUUUUUUAAAGUUAAACAUUUUAUUUUUCAAUGCAUGUUACAUUAAUGGCAGUAGAUCCAUUUUUUUUGAGGAGGAAUAACUGGAACAUUUUUAUGCGCAACAGAACCACACGUCAUACUGAGUGAAAAUAUAUUUAUUUACUCGCCGAAUCAGCAACAUUUCAUAUACUGUUUGUUUGUUCUUUUCUCUCACUCCUCCCAAGAUGUACAAAUAAAUAUUACCUGGACUUUGUGCUUCUUUUGUUUCCCUGAUUGUCAAAGUAAUUGCCAAGUAACAACCAAACCACACUUAAUAUUUCUGACACCCUUUAUGCUCCAUUGCACAAAUAUAAGGAAUGACGGUUGUAACAUCUUUUCAAAAA